AUGAUGGCAGAUCCACUCAACAACAAAAUCUCUCGCCACUCUCUCCUCCCAAGCUUCCUCUACUCUUCAUCUUCUUCAAUGGUGGCAUCAGGUUAUGCAUCAUCAUCACCGUCAUCAAGGGUGGUGAUUGCAGCGCCUAGAGAGAAGGUGGAGAUGUACUCUGGUGAGUUCUAUGCGGCGUGUGGAGUUGCAGGUAUGCUGGCCACUGGCCUAACCCAUACGGCCGUCACUCCUAUCGAUGUCGUCAAGUGUAAUAUGCAGAUUGACCCAAUUAAGUACAAGAGCGUCACAUCCGGAUUUGGAGUUCUGUUGAAGGAGCAGGGCAUCAGAGGUUUGUUCAAGGGCUGGGCGCCCACCUUGAUCGGCUACAGCGCCCAGGGUGCUGGAAAGUUUGGCCUCUAUGAGUUUUUCAAGAAGUACUACACAGACAUUGCAGGGCCGGAGUAUGCAGCCAAGUACAAGACCUUGAUCUACCUUGCAGGCUCUGCAUCAGCUGAAGUCAUUGCUGAUGUUGCCCUCUGUCCCAUGGAAGCUGUCAAAGUUCGUGUCCAAACUCAGCCCGGCUUCGCCAGAGGCUUGGCAGACGGGCUUCCAAAGAUCAUCAAAUCCGAAGGCGCUCUCGGGCUGUACAAGGGGCUUGUGCCUCUUUGGGGACGUCAGGUUCCUUAUACUAUGAUGAAAUUUGCGUUGUUCGAGAAUACAAUCGAGCUGAUGUACAAGCAUGCCAUCCCAACACCUAAAGAGCAAUGCAGCAAACCUUUGCAGCUGGGGGUGAGCUUUGCCAGUGGAUAUAUUGCUGGUGUAUUCUGUGCUGUUGUCUCACACCCAGCUGACAACUUGGUCUCUUUCCUAAACAAUGCCAAGGGAGCAACCGUUGGUGAUGCUGUGAAUAAGCUAGGGUUAUUAGGUCUUUUCACUCGUGGUCUUCCUCUUCGAAUAUUCAUGAUUGGAACCCUCACUGGAGGCCAAUGGGUUCUCUAUGACGCUUGCAAAGUUUUGGUUGGGCUGCCAACUACCGGUGGUCCUGCUCCCGCUGCCACCGAGCUUGCCAAGGCUUGA